AUGGGGAAGAAAAAGAUGGACCUAACUUACAUUACCGAUGGCAAGGCAAGGGAAGCAACUUUAAACUUAAGGAAGGAAGAAUUGAAGCAGAAACUCUAUGAGCUCCAUGUUCUUUGCGACGUUGAUACAUGUGCGGUCAUCUACAAUCAAUACGACCCUAACCCAGAGGUAUGGCAAUCGACCUCAGAGGUUAAAAGUGUAUUUGAGAAGUUUGAGAUGUUGUCAGAGAAAGAGAAGACAUGUAGAUCGGUGAACCAGGAAGAAUUUCUCCAUCAGAUGAUCGAAAAAGCCAGGAAGAAAAGACAGAAACUGAAUGACCAAAACAAGGAGAAAUACAUGAGGGAACUCAUGUAUCGCGUUUCUCAGUGGGAACAUGGAAGAUUUGAGUUUAAACAAUGA